AUGUCAGCACCCUCCUCCAAUUCUCACAGCAACGAAGCUGUCGAGGCCGAGUCCAGUCGCAACCCAUACGAGUCGCCAUACGUCGAGUCUCCCAUCGACGACAACCGUGAUGGUGACCUAAACACGCACCGCUCGUUCAAGUCCACCUUUCGAACAUCAUCUGCAUAUUUGCCCUCGCCCUUGUCGACUAGUCGCAGCCCAUCACCUGCAUACGACCACACAUCGCAUCUACAACAACGCCGUGUCAGCUCGCGUUCUCCCGUUCAGCCCACUACUGCCAACAUCCUCUCCUACCUCAACACUCCGGCUGUCGCACGAGAUGCAAAAGAUCCCUCGGCUCUGGAUUGGUAUGUCGAGGGUCCAGGUCGCCGCGUUGGCUACGACAACUUGACUGCCAUUGACUGGAUUUUUGAAUAUGCAAAAGAAAGACAACGCUUGAGAGUGCUGCAAUCCAACGCCGUUGGCCUGUUAGGAUACUUUCAACUACUCGCCGACAACAGCCAGACUUGGAUCAUCUUGGUCGCUACUGGAAUUGCUGUUGGUACUAUCGCUGCUGCCAUCGACAUCACAAGUGGUUGGUUGGGUGAUCUCAAGGUUGGCUACUGCAGUAACGUCAAAGAUGGUGGAAAGUUCUAUCUGAACAGUGCUUUCUGUUGCUGGGGUCAAAAAGACUUUCAAUCAUGUCCAGACUGGCAGUCAUGGAGCCAUGGAAUGGGUGUUACAUCUAGCGCUGGCAGCUGGAUCAUCAAUUUCGUCUUGUACCUCGGCUACUCGGUAUGCAAAUCUACGAACGACAAAGAAUUCAGAGCUGAUAUAUCCAGGNUUCUGUUUGCUUCUGUAGCAACAUACCUCGUUACCAGGUUCUCAUCAUAUGCCAAGCAAAGUGGUAUACCCGAGAUCAAGACUGUACUUGGUGGCUUCGUCAUUCGUCGUUUCAUGGGCAUCUGGACCCUGGUCACCAAGUCUGUCGGUCUGUGUCUUGCAGUAGCUUCUGGAUUGUGGCUCGGCAAAGAAGGGCCGUUAGUCCAUGUCGCUUGCUGCUGCGCCAACCUAUUCAUGAAGCCUUUCGAGAGUAUCAACAGCAAUGAAGGUAUGUUGAGUGCGCCCACGCUUCAUCAAAUGAUACUGACUUGUCACANNGCUCGUAAGCGUGAGGUCUUGUCGGCCGCUUCUGCUUCUGGAAUCUCGGUCGCUUUCGGUGCACCCGUUGGUGGUGUGCUAUUCAGUCUCGAGUCUCUCUCGUAUUACUUUCCCGACAAAACCAUGUGGCAAUCUUUUGUUUGCGCCAUGAUUGCCGCUUUCACACUCAAGGCUGUCGAUCCCUUCCGUACAGGCAAAACUGUGCCAUACUCUGUAACGUAUCACACUGGCUGGCACGGUUUCGAGAUGGUUGCAUACGCCAUAAUUGGUGUACUCGGAGGCCUCUAUGGCGGCUUGCUGAUCAAGCUGAAUAUGCGUCUGGCAGCACUCCGGGACUCACCGCGCUACCCACUCAAGGGUAGACCAAUACUGGAGGUCUGCAUAAUCACCAUCGCCACUUCUGUCAUUGCUUUCCCCGUCACCUUCCUGCGCGCUCAGGCCUCUGAAUUGGUCUACUAUCUCUUCGCAGAAUGUAAAGACAUCCAAUCUGACCCUCUUGGCCUAUGUAAGAGUGGCAUUGCCAAUACUGGAGUCAUCUUCCUGCUGCUGAUAUCAGCCAUUAUUGGCUUCUUCUUCACAGCCUUGACUUUUGGUCUUCAGAUCCCUGCUGGAAUCCUAUUGCCAUCCAUGACCAUCGGUGCUCUUUAUGGUCGUGUUAUAGGUCUCAUCGUCGAAGUGUGGCAAAGCGAACAUCCUAAGUGGAUCGUUUUUGCUUCUUGCGAGCCCGACGUUCCAUGCAUUACUCCUGGGACUUAUGCUAUUGUCGGAGCAGCUUCUGCUCUAGCUGGUGCAACUAGAAUGACUGUCUCAAUUGUGGUCAUCAUGUUCGAACUUACCGGUGCUCUUACUUAUGUCCUUCCCAUCAUGAUAGCUGUCAUGAUUGCUAAAUGGGUUGGUGAUGCGCUGGGCAAACGUGGUAUCUAUGAAGCCUGGAUCGCCUUCAACGAAUACCCGUUCCUCGACAAUCGUGAUGAUAGACCGAUUCCCGAUAUUCCGGUAUCCCAGAUCAUGACCAGACUGGAAGAUCUAGUCACUAUUACCGCUGAAGGCAGCACAAUCGAAACUUUGGGCAACUUACUCAAGGAGUACUCGUACAGGGGCUUCCCAGUCAUCUCGAAUCCUCACGAUGCGAUACUACUUGGCUACAUAUCAAGAACGGAACUGUCUUUUGCUCUAAACUCUGCAACCACGACGAGGAACCUACCGCCACAUACACAAUGCUUCUUUUCUCACCAACCUCUUGCCGACGUAGAGCAUACUCUCGACCUUCGUCCUUGGAUGGACCAAACACCCAUAACCCUAAAUUCAGCCAUCGGAUUAGAGUUGUGUGUCAAUUACUUCCAACGGCUAGGCCUUCGGUACCUAGGCUUCUGUGAUAGAGGUGUGUUGAAGGGCUUACUUACCAAGAAGGAUGUUUGGUUUGUGGUUAAUGGAGGUGAUGAGAGUGGGGGUAGGGUUGCUGGGGCUAGAGAAGACGAAGACGCGCAUAGGAGGGUCAGAGGUAUUGGGAGUGGUGUGUUGAGGGAAGGCGAUGAGGGCGAAGAGAGGGGAUUGCUUUUCGAGGGUAGAGGUGGUGUGAGUGAGGACCAUGAUGUUGAUUUAGCCGAAACUAGAGGGCCGGCUUGA